UGUUAGAAAUCCUGAAAUAGCUGAAACUUGAGGUAUUAUGUUUUUCUUUGUCUGAGUAACACUCAGUUCAUAUCAGUAAUUUGUUCUGAAUAGAAAAGAGAAGUCAACUCAUCUGUGGGCUUGCAUGUGUGGGUGGUGAGCAUCAAUAACUAGCUACUGUUCAUGAAGCCACUUCAAAACAACACACAACUUCUUGGCUAUCAGACACAAAACCAGGCAGACAUAAAUUAUGGCUAUGAAUUUGAUGCUGUGACUUGGAGCUCUAGUCUAUGAGACACAAAGACCAACAAUGCAUUUUCUGCACAAACCUCUGCCCUACAUCCUCAUUGGUAAGUACUUUUCUUCUCAUUUUGUGUUAGAAAAUGUUACUGAAAAUUAAAAAAUCUCCAUUAAUUCUAUAAAAGUCAAGACUACAUCUAAGAAAUCUACAUUUCCAGCACAUGGUGUAUCUCAUUCUCCAUUCCCCUAUCUACUGUAUGUCAAUGAGGUUGUUGUAGUUUACGUCUUUUUAACUAUUUUCUCAUUCUGUACUCCUCCACUCAGUAUAUCUCAUUUUGAGUAAUCAGGUGACCCAGGAAUGAUGACGAUCUUCGAUUAUCGGUUACUGCUGUCUUGGUUACUGCUGUCUUGGUUACUGCUGUCCCUUUUUUUAGGUGUUCUCUUUGAAUAUUUUUCCACACUCUCUUCCCCUCUCCAAGUUUCUCCAGUGUCCUGUGGGUCCAAGAAUAUCUCUUCAUAUUAUGGACACUGUGUCACAUCCCAAGAGGGAGUCCGUGAAUUAGUUUGCUUUGUACCUCUGGGCUUAAGUAGGAAUGGCUGGGAAUGUGUGUGGACACCUAGAAAGCACAUUGUCUACCAAACACACAGAUACACACUCAUUAUAGAACAGAAAAUUAUUCACUCUUGCAAAAUGUAUGCAAACAUAUCAGGGACAUCUCAGACUUUUAAUCUGUCAAAAAAGCGCAACAUGACGGCUUAUGUGUUUGACGAGAGUGAUCCGAAGAGCUGCACAAAGAACGUUUUCAGAGGUUCACCUCAACAAUUAGUUCGAUGCGGCCCCCCAUCUAAUGUCGACUUAAAUCGCCAUUCAAGACAGCUGGAUAUCCAGGCCUCCUGGAGGAAGGAGGAGAAUAAAUAUAUUGCGCUGUACUCUGUGAGAUACAAGGACCUGAAGAGCCAAUCAUGGAAAGAGCCACCAGUGCAAUCCAAGGAUAACAAUAGGUGCACUCUGGGUAAUCUUAACUCCUCACUGUCCUAUGUGGUGCAAAUACAGUGUGUGGCCAACGACAAAUGUACCCAGUGCCCCUGGAGCAAGAAUUUCACUGUUCCACCUGAACUUACUGAUAAGCCUGUCAUUGAGAUGGUAGAAGAUUUUCCACAAACCAAAGGAAGUAGAUUAGUGAUCAUAAAAUGGAAGUUUGCAGCCAGUGACUUAGCGGAAGGCUACAGUGUGACAGUGGGGAAGGCCUCAGGAGAGGACCCCAUCAAGGCCUUCAACACCAGCAGGACCCUACUCAGACUGGCCCUGUCUCACUCAGCCUACCACCUCACCAUCACAGCCUUCAACACGGCUGGGACCUCACCUGCAGCACAGAGGACUAUACCACCACUGGACGACAAAGACUUAUAUGGGAAGCUGAAUGUGACAUUCAAUGGCAACACGUCCUUCACUGUCUCCUGGGUGGAUGACCUGAUCAAAACUUACUCCUGCUUCUCAGUGGAGUGGUGGAGGAGAGGAGAGAGAGCUGCUUACAAGUCCUUCUAUGAGGAUGAGAACAACUAUGAAGUCAUACACUUGGAGGAGCCAUUAGAGCUGUAUAAGAAGUACACCUUCACUCUGCACACAAGGCCACAUAAAGAGCCCUGCAACCUGAAGUUCAUCAACAACAGCGAGAGCACCUAUGGGAAUAUCCAGGCCUUCUUCACUGAAGGAUCCCCCAUCAGUGCCCCAGGGAACAUCAGCAGCAGUAAUGUUAGCCAGAGUUCCAUGGUGCUGGAGUGGACGGCUGUCCCCGAGGAGGACAACAGAGGUUUCCUGCUGGGCUACUUCCUCCAUUACACAGAGAGGCUGCAGGACUGGACAGAUGCUGAACCAAACAUCACUGUGGAUGCUGGUUCAACCAGCUAUGAGUUGGUAGACCUACAGAGCAGUACUGUGUACCGGGUCCAGUUGUCUGCCUUCACUAGUGCAGGAAUGGGAGUGAGAAGCUCAGCUGCAUACUUUGAAACCAAACCUGAAGCAUCCCUGACUGUGAGUGGUGUGAUAGCAGGGGCCAUUGUUGGAGUAACUUUACUCUUCCUGGUGGUUCAUCUCGGCUCUCAGUUAUUAAAAAGAGCAAAGAAACUACUUUGGCCGAAUAUCCCCAAUCCAAGUAACAGCAAUGCCAUCCAGAAAAUAGAUGGGGUCUGUGAUCUGGAACUCCUGGAGCUCAUCAACCGACAGAUGUUGCAGGAAGAGGAGGGGGACUCCAACAGUCUACACAUUGUUGACGGGAGAGAAGAAAUGUCUCCCGUUGGCAACCUCCAUCGCAAUGCCGACUCCUGUCUACACCUCAACACAGACCAUGAGGAGAGCCAAGGGCCUUCUCUGUCAACCAUAGCCACAGACAGAGCUCAAGAUCCAACUUCUGACACCAUUACAUCUAUGCCCACAGACAGGAGACAGACGGACCCUGUCCUCAUCAGUACUGUGGCCCACCAGUGCCACCCGUUGGCCUUUCAAAGUGAUUACACCACCAUGGAACUCUUCCAACAGGCCAUGCCACAGUGUGUUCCAACCAAUACGUCGUCAUCAUCAUUGUCAUCAUUGGAAUCCCAGGAUCAGUCAAGCCAGACAGUCAAGCCAGAUCAGUCAAGCCAGACCAGAGUUAGAUUACAUCCACCAGACCCAAGGCAGCACCAGUCCAACUCAGAACACUAAGGUGUAUACCCCAUGGUUCUUUGAGAAUGUUUACUGUAGAUUCUAGAAUCUGCUUUUGUCACUGAGAUGCUGUGCAAACAUUCUAGGCCUUUCUCUAUGUAACAGAGCCACCGGCUGCCAUCAGUGUCACCCUGUUAACUAGCAUAUUCUUAGGCGUUUGAGCGGUUCUGGCCUGGAUCCGACUGUCAUUUUGGUGUACAAAGCGCUCCGUUAACGCCGUAGGGUCCCGUGACUUAUAAUGCCAAAAGCCCCAUCUCCCUGCUCUCCGUUUUCCACUCUCUAAGUAGAAUUGACUUGAAGCGUCAGGUUUCAGACCCCACAUUUGCAUAGGCAGUGACGUGUCACAUUUCUGGCCUAUUCAAACAAUGAAUCGAUUAUCUCUUCCUCUGAGCCCAGCUUGGGAGAUGGCAAAUGAACAGUGACAGUCUAGCGAGACCAUCCAUUGUGGUUUCAUCUCACUGUGAUAUUCUCAGCCGGAUUUAGAGCUCUCAACACGAUGGGAUUGUCAUAACUCUGGAAUGAGAAAACGCUUAAUGAUGUCGGGGAACUCAUAACAAACUCAAGCUGUUAUCCUGUCAAUACAUGUAUUGAUGGCUGCUAUGUGGUAGUCACAAGAUAGUGCAUUGAGGGAUUGUCCAAGAAGCAGACAUUGCACAAGAGUGGUGUUGAUUGACUGCUCUUUAUAUGAAUGGGACUUUUUAAUGGUUUUAAAUGAAAUCAAGGAUUAGAAACCAUUUUAUUCUCUGUUUAUGUAAACUGGCUUAGUGGACCUGUUUUGGUGUUUUCUUGAUGGAGGAAAACGCUGUCUCAGACACUGCUGCUGAGACUUCCGUAAGUGUUUAAUUGGGUUGCGAUCUGGUGACACACCCUUUAAAACACCCUAUGCUCCUUUGAGACCACUCUUUCAAAGUCACUGAGAUCUUGUCUUCUAGCUAUGGUAGCCAAAAUAAUGGCCAACUGGACAUUUUUAUACAUGACCCGAAGCAUGAUAGGAUGUUAAUUGCUUAAUUAAGUCAGGAUCCACACCUGUGAGGAAGCACUAGUUUUCAAUAUACUUUGAAUCUCUCAUUUA